CAAGAACAUCGCCAUCUUCUUCCUCUUCCCCUCCAGACACUCACCUCACAACCCACGCGGCCCGCGCUUAUAUUACCGGCGAUCAUCAAUCCACAAGCACCAAACAACACCACCUCCUUGGUGUUUGGUGUUGCAUCACUCGAGGCUCAACAGGGGAAAAGAUUGAUCGAUCAGAGUUGUUGAUCGAUCAGCAGCUACGUUGAGAUUCUGGUUGAUCGGGGGCGUAAUUCGUGAGCGGCGAUGAAAUUCGGCAAGUGGCUGAAGCGGCAGAUCGAGCAGAGCCUCCCGGCGUGGAGGGAGCACUUUCUGCGGUACAAGGAGCUCAAGGGCAUCGUCUCCUCCGCAGCCCCGCCCUCGCCGGCCGAGUUCGUCGCCCUCCUCGAGGCCGACAUCGACAAGAUCAACGCCUUCUUCAUCGAGCAGGAGGAGGAAUUCAUCAUCAGGCACAGGGAGCUUCAGGAGGCGAUCAGGAGGGCGGUGGAGAGGGAGGCGGCGGCGGAGGUGGCGGCGAUCCGGAGGGAGAUGGUGAACUUCCACGGCGAGAUGGUGCUGCUGCUCAACUACAGCAGCGUCAACUACAUCGGGCUGGCCAAGAUCCUCAAGAAGUACGACAAGCGCACGGGCGCCGCGCUCAGGCUGGCCGUCGUCGAGACCGCCGUGCUGGGCCAGCCCUUCUUCACGGCGGAGGCGGUGUCGCUCAUGGUCAAGGAGUGCGAGGCCAUGAUGAUGUUCCCCGCCGCUGCGGCCGCAGCUUCGGCAUCGGCGGGGCCCGGCGAGGCCAUGGCCGCCGCCGCCGCGGAGCAGCGGGUGUUCAGGGACACCGUGGCGGCGCUGCUGGCCAUGGAGGACGUGCGCAGCGGGAGCUCCACCCGCGGCCGCCACUCGCUGCCGCCGCUCACCCUGCCGGACUCCGACUGGCUCCGCUCCUUCCAGCCGCCGUCCCCCAUCCCCAUCCAAACCCAAUGAGGAGACCUCUUCCUGUUCUUGAAACAGCCGCAAGUCCUUUUUCUUUUUUCUUUUUUCUUUUUUCAUCCAGUUGCUAAUGUAAGACGACGAGAUUUGAGCCAAUGUAUGUACGAAUUCAUACUGAAUUUGAUGCGGAUAAAUAUAUGCUAA